GUUGAACUUAUCAAGGUGGACAGUUCCUCCAAGCAUGUUUCACACUCCGAGGAUGUAAUUAUGGUCGGGAAAACCAAUGAGUUCAAGACUAUAAGGGAGAUGCUAAUACAACAUCCAUCUAAACAGCGAGAAGUUGUUUCAAUUAUAGGAAUGGGAGGUAUUGGUAAGACGACGCUAGCUAGACGAAUUUAUGAAGACCCAUCAAUUACUUCCCACUUUGAUGAGAGAGCAUGGGUUGUCGUAUCACAACAUCACAAUAAGCGACAAAUGCUCGAAGGUAUUCUGAAUUCAAUAGGCAAUUCAAGAAGUGGCAGUGAUGAGGACCUAGCACUACGACUCUACCAAUGUUUAAAGGGUUUGAGGUAUCUGGUUGUGAUGGAUGACGUAUGGAGUGGAGAGGCAUGGGAUGCUAUCAAAGCUUGCUUUCCUGAUGACAUAAAUGGUAGUCGAGUAUUGUUGACUACUCGCCUUAAGGAGGUGGCUAAUAAUACGUGCACCAAAGAUGACUUUUCUCAUCAAAUGCAAUUGUUAGAACAAAGUGAGAGUUGGAAACUAUUUUCUGAAAAUGCAUGUAAAUCUCAUGGUGCUGAAUUUGAGACGAUUGGGAGACCGAUCGUUGAAAAAUGCAGAGGUCUGCCUUUAGCAAUUAAAGUGGUUGCAGGCCUAUUUUCGAAACUCAACACACUAGAUGAGUGGAAGAAUACGGCUAAUGCUCUAUGUUCUUCAGCAACUACUCUAGAUGAUGAAGAAUGUUCGAGAAUACUCUCACUGAGUUACAAUCACUUGCCCUACAACUUGAAAGCUUGUUUUUUAUAUUUAGGAGUUUUUUCCGAAGAUUAUGAGAUCAAUGCUAAUCAUCUUGCAAGGUUAUGGUUUGCCGAAGGACUCGUAAAGCCAUUUGAGAAUGAAAGCUUUGAUGCAGUGGCUAACAGGUACUUACAAGAACUUAUGGAUAGAAACCUAAUAAUGUUAAGCACGCUAAACUCUUGUAGAAGAAAAAUUAAGAGAUUUAGGAUGCAUGAUUUAUUGCAUGCCUUUUGUGUAAGAGCAGCUCAAAGUGAAGACCUUUUACAUGUUAUCAUGAGCCAAAAUAGUUUUGAUUUUGAUAAGAAAGGCUUUCGUUGGGUAAGCAUCCAAUCAGUAAACUCUAACAUGUCUACAAUACUUUCUCGUUCGAAAAGCUGCAGGUCCUUCUUCUGCUUUCUAAGGAUGGAUUCCUCUUUUGAUUUUAAAAAUUUCAAUCUACUAAGAGUACUCUACUCUAGCACUGAAGUUGCCAGGCUCAAGAAGAUUGAGGAUAUUGUCCAUUUGAGAGUGCUAAUUUGUAGAUAUAAUAAUAUAGAACUGUUCAGGGUUCGGGAAUUCUUAAAGUCAAAGUGCAGUAAGAAUAUAGAAGUGUUCAGGGCUUGGAAUCUUCAAACACUUCAUUGUUACAGAGUAUCAUAUAGAUCAUAUGAUGGAGGGAACUAUUCGGAGUUUCCACAACUACACUAUAUUCAUUGUGGCGACUAUUUUCAUGGAAAUCCUCCCAAUUUUGCUCGAAAACUUUCUUGGAUAAGAGCUGAUGAUUGCUCAAAAGAAUACAUUAUGAAUAUCCCAUACUUAAAGAAGAAAGUUGUCAUUAUAUGA